AUGGUUAAGCAAAAAGCAUCAACGAGUAUAAUUGGGGUGCUAAUUAUAUCAUUGGCUACAAUAUUAGCGUGCGCUUCAGCUGCUGCUACUGCAAUAGAGUGCUCAACUGUGACAACACUAGUCUCAACUUGUUCUUCUUUCAUCUCGGACGGUUCACCGGAUCCCCUUCCCGGAACACCAUGCUGUGAUGCAAUGGUGAGUGUGAACGCUAUUGGUGAUCACAGAUUUGUUUGCAGAUGCAUGAUGGGCCUCAUUACCACCAACAGUCCCAAUGCCACAGCUAUUGCCACCUUGCCGGGCUUUUGUGGGGUCUCUCUGGGCUUCACAAUCGAUCCAAAUACUGAUUGCAGCCUGUAA